UGCCCCAAUAACAACUCCCACACUCCCACACACAGUCACAGGAAUUACUCUCUCUAACAACACCGACAUGCAGCUUCCGUCGUCGGCCACUGUGGCUGCGGUGGUUCUCUCCGUAGUCUUCCUUAUUUGUGCCACUGAAGCUCACAACAUUACCCACAUUCUAGCCAGCCAUACACAGUUCUCUACUUUCAACCAUUACUUAACAACUACACACCUCGCCGCUGAAAUUAACCGCCGGCAAACCAUCACUGUGUGUGUUGUAGAUAAUGCCGGAAUGUCAGAUCUACUCUCCAAGCACUUAUCUAUCUACACUAUAAAAAACGUUCUCUCUUUUCACGUGCUUCUCGAUUACUUCGACGCGAAAAAGCUUCACCAGAUUACUAACGGCACCGCACUUGCAGCCACAAUGUUCCAAGCCACCGGCUCAGCUACCGGUUCUUCUGGAUUCGUAAACAUUACUGAUCUAAAAGGAGGUAAAGUUGGGCUCAGUCCGGCUGAUUACAACGGCCCUCCUCCGGCUAAAUUUGUAAAAUCGAUCGAGGAGAUUCCUUACAACAUCUCCGUUAUUCAAAUAAAUACGAUUCUGCCCUCAGACGAAGCUGAAGCUCCGACUCCAGGACCAAGCCAAAUGAAUCUCACUUCUCUAAUGUCAGCUAAAGGCUGCAAAGUUUUCGCCGAGACUCUUUUAGCUUCUCCGGCUGAAAAGACAUUUGAGGACAAUGUUGAUGGUGGAUUAACAAUAUUUUGUCCCGGAGAUGAUGCAAUGAAGAAAUUUUUGCCUAAAUUUAAGAAUUUAACAGCGGAAGGGAAACAAUCACUGCUCGAGUAUCACGGAAUUCCUAUAUACCAAUCGAUUUCGAAUUUGAAAUCUAAUAACGGAGAUAUGAACACCUUAGCUACUGACGGAGCUAAGAAGUACGCUGUAGUCAUUCAAAAUGACGGUGAAGAUGUUACUAUAAAGACGAAAAUUGUGACGGCGAAAAUCACGGCGACUUUAGUUGAUAAACUGCCAUUAGCGAUUUACUCGCUUGAUAAGGUGUUAUUACCCAAGGAAUUGUUCAAGGCUGCUCAUACUCCGGCGCCGGCGCCGGCGCCGGAGUCCCGUGCUGAAUCUCCUAAGCACUCCAAGUCACCACCAGCACCUGCAUCGCCGGCUGAUUCUCCAGCGGAUUCCCCGGCGGAUGGUCCCAACGGUGAUGCUGAUGAUUUGACAGAUAGCGGUGCUGUUAAGUACAACGCCGGAGCAUCACUUGCCGCCGUUUUCAGUUUAUGGUUUGCCUUCAAUUUGUUGAUGUAAGUUUUUAAUUGUAUUUUCUUAGGGGUUUGAAAAAGAAAGUUGGUUCUGUUAGGUGUUUAUUUUAUUUUUUUCUUUGUUAAUUUGGUCAUCAAAUUAAAGAUAGUAACAGUACUAUUAGUCUAUUUCUAUA